CUAUUGUACUCAAAGUAUAUUUCGAAAUGGACCUUGAUCGCAAACGGCGUAUCGGCCAUCAGGUGAGCAUAGUUAAUAGCGAGUAGACUAAUGAACAAGCAUUUCUCGCCAUCAUGCGUCAGCCUCCAAACAAAUGGAAAUUAGAUCAAAGUCUUGAUCUAGUUUAAUUAAGCCUUCGAAACUAGAAUAGUCUUAAUCAUACCGAGUAUAAGUCAGCGACAAUUAUACACUUAACAGAGCUCCAUGAUGUAUCGGCGACGUAGAUUCGGCACACGUUGUGGAGGAAGAGAGGAAACGUUGGAAGGGCUAAUUAAAGUGGUAGAACGCCUAGAGAAAAGGCCAAUACUCGCGAGCGGAUUUCAGCAACACACAUUUCUACCUCCCUCUGAACUACAACUGGGGACGAACCUCGUACUUGAAGGUGUUCGGCGGAAAUUGCGGCAUAAGGCAAUUAGCGGGGCUCUCACUAAGGUCCCUGUAAAUAACUUGGACAGUGCUUGUGGGACUAUCCCCCAGAAAAGAGAGAUUGAAAUAAACUAAUAUUAUAAAAUGCAAAGACAUUUAGAUAUGUUUCGCC